UCAAAUGUGAACCUGAAUCAUUUGAGACUGAAUUCGGGAGCAUUGACCGAUCCGAUACGAGUACAACAACCGACUACCAAAACAGGUCUUACGUGACGGCAGCAAACUUUACUUCCAAUCUACCGGUGUUGACUUUGGAAAUUGUAUAUCCGCAAACACAAAACCAGACAGAACUAAAUUAUGGGCACGAAUACGUCAAAAGGGGCGGUGAUGGUACGAGUGAAGACUUCGGGACAAUCGUAAGACGGUUCGAUGCGGGACAAAACGUAUUUACGGAGUCGCCAACGUUUGCUCACUAUGCAGGAGUCCGUGAGCGGGGCCAGUCGUCGAGUCUAUAUAACAAGCGUGGGCUUAAGGUGGAAUUCUGGGAUUCUGAUGAUGAGGGUGAUAACGUGCAUAUAUCUCACUUCCCAAAAGAGGAGGACUUUGUACUUCGCGGACCCUUCACUGAUAAAUCGCUCCUGCGGGAUCACCUCGGAUAUUCGGCCGCAAGACAGACUGGAAGGUACUGUCCCCGCACAGAGCUGCACGAAGUCUUUAUCAAGGAAGAUAGGGGACCCGGGGUAGACCAAACACACUAUGCCGGGGUCUAUGUAUUUACAGAAAGUGUGAAGAGGGACAAGAACAGAGUCAAUGUGGAGAAAAUACAACCAGACGGGACAACUGGAUUGAUACUGAAGGUUGACGCAGCAUUCGGGGAAGGCAGCGCUGCACUGGUGAAAGGCACCUUCUAUACGGAGGGGGCAGAUGGAAAAGCGGAUGUACUGCAGCAGGGUUUAUUCAUAGACUAUCCCAAAGAAGAAGACCUUACUGAGUCUAUUCUACACAAUACACAGGAAUUCAUCAGCGGCCUAGAGUCGGAACUGGAUCGCAUCAACGAUCCCGCUGCCACCGAUGCACGCAAUGUUGAAUCACCCUCGUAUCGAAAAUACAUAGAUCCGACGUCCUUUGUAGAUUACCAGCUGAUACAGGAGCUUGCAGACAAUGGCGACGCUUACUUCCGAUCGACAUUCUUUCAUAAGGAGAUUGGGGGCCGUCUGCAGGCUGGUCCCAUCUGGGAUCUGGAUUUGGCGUUUGGGAAUGUUGGAUGGGAUAUGGAAACGCCUGCGAGUGACUUCAAGUACAACUUUAUGGAAGGAAGACCGUUCUUCGCUCAGCUUAAUAAGGACGUAAAUUACAAGUGCCUGGUUGUAUGUCGAUGGAACAUGCAUAGAGUAGGAGGCCUGAGUGAUGAGUGGUUUGAGGGGUUCUUUAAUGAAAACCGGGCUUUGCUGUCGAAAGGGGCAUCCGAAAGGGAGUUUAAACGAUGGAAAACCUUGGGGCAAUAUGUUCCUCGAGUGAGUCUCGGGUUUAAUAGCACAGCCCCAUCGUUCUAUCUCGAAUCGUGGGAGGACGAGGUUGAUAUGCUCCAGAAGUGGGUGUCGAUGCGACUACGGUUCAUGGACAAUGUGAUGCAGGGCCAGAAAGAGUACUUAAAUUGCGACUGCGAGUACGCUGACGAGUGGGCACAGAUUAUAGAGUGAUUGGUUUCAAUAAGACCCGCGAGAACUUGUACGUCUAACACACAAAUAAAUACUUUAUCCAAUAUCACCUGUUACUCGCCGAGAUUAUUCAAUGGUUUUAUCUUGCGAUGGAUGAGCGCCACUGAUUGAUUUGAGAAAACAACUGCAAGAUCGAUAGCAAGGCUUUUAUUACCAACGAGCGUACGUACCUUAACAACAUCCAGAAUUCUUCUUAACAACAUCCAGAAUUCUUUACACUCGUGAUGUUUUGCGUUGACUGUUGUUGGCACAGGUGUGUUCGGAACUUAUCAUGAUGUACUCGACCCUCGCUCACCAUUUGCAACGGUUUACUGUGAGUAACAUUAUAUCCCGAGAGUAAGGCUCAACGAGUAGCACGUGGUUAUGUUCAUACGCCGAAGCCAACGCCUACCUCGUUUACUUGUGCUCUUCUCCACCAUUACAUAGCGCACUAAUCAUAAUUUAGUGCUUUGUUGUGAGCGAGGUUGAUGCGUCCAUUGCAAUCUUGAGCAGUACAAAAUUCACGCAGAGAACAAACAGUUUAGGUGCAAACUUUAUAAAAGAGCGUGCUCAUACCUUGUCUGAAAUAACCAG